CAACCAACCAACCCCAAGAUCACCACAAACAAAACAAAAUUACAAAUUUACAUUCCACGUCCCUCAUCUGUGGAUCAAUCUGCAUCUCCUCCCCUGCUACAUAUGAACGCCGUCUUGCUUCACUCUGCACCCACCGGAAGCAAUGGUGCCAAACGGCGAAGAUUCUCACAAGGGAAAGAGCUCCGGCGAGGUCAUCCAGAUUCAGCUGCCACCGCACCACAACUUCAGUCGGCAGGUCUCUCUCGAGACCGGCUUCGCUGCGCUCAACGCGGAAGCAAAUCGCGGCAAGAACGCAGCUUUUAGCCCUAGAGGCGCCAAGGACAGGAGGAUUCUAUCUAGGAAUGGGAAAAGUCUUGGGAUCACUACCGGAGCGGUGGCCGGCGCUGAUGGAGUGAGAAAGGGAGACUUUAGUAUGUUUCGGACUAAAUCAACUCUUCAUAAGCAGCUGUCGAUGCUUCCAAUAAGGAAGGAGAGCGGGUUCGAUCUACAGAACGCUGAUGGCUCCUCCGCCGGCGGCGGCGGCGGCGAAAGUGGCCGGGAGGAAUCCAUAAACCAGAGCGUACCUGCCGGUCGAUAUUUCGCCGCGCUUCGUGGACCGGAGCUGGAUGAAGUUAAGGACUCGGAAGACAUUCUCCUCCCAACAGACCAAAUCUGGCCUUUUCUCCUCCGCUUCCCCAUCAACUGCUUCGGCAUCUGCCUCGGCCUCGGCAGCCAAACCAUCCUCUGGCAAUCCCUCUCCACCAACCCCGCCAUGUCCUUCCUCCACAUCCCUCCAUACAUCAACACCGCCAUUUGGUUCCUCGCCCUUCUCACCCUCGUCUCCGUCUCCCUCACCUAUGCCCUCAAAACCGCCUUCUUCUUAGAAGCCGUCCGCCGCGAGUACUUCCACCCCGUCCGCAUCAACUUCUUCUUCGCCCCCUGGAUAUCCUGCAUGUUCCUUGCCAUCGGCGCCCCUCCGUCCCUCGCCCCCGCCAGGCUCCACCCCGCCGUCUGGUGCGCCCUCUUCGCUCCCGUCUUCGUCCUCGAGCUCAAGAUAUAUGGGCAGUGGUUAUCCGGCGGGAAGCGGAGGCUCUGCAAGUUGGCGAAUCCGUCCUCGCAUUUGUCGGUGGUGGGGAAUUUUGUCGGGGCGGUGUUGGCGGCGAGGGUGGGGUGGGGGGAGGCGGGGAAGUUUUUGUGGGCGAUUGGGAUUGCGCAUUAUCUGUGUGUGUUUGUGACGCUGUAUCAGAGAUUGCCGACGAGCCAGACGCUGCCCAAGGAGCUGCAUCCGGUGUAUUGCAUGUUCAUUGCCACGCCUUCGGCGGCCAGUCUUGCUUGGAAUGCUAUUUACGGCGAGUUCGAUGCGGUCGCCAGGACUUUUUACUUCAUCGCUCUGUUUCUGUAUACCUCGCUCAUUGUGCGGAUCAACUUCUUCAGGGGAUUCAAAUUCUCGGUGGCGUGGUGGUCGUAUACAUUUCCGAUGACGACGGCCUCAAUGGCGGCGAUAAAGUACGCGGAGGAGGUUCCAACGAUUCUAAGCAAGGGGCUCGCGCUUGGCCUCGCGGUCAUAUCCUCGGCGAUCGUGUCGUCUCUCUUCAUCUCUACGCUGCUGCAUGGCUUUGUGUGGUGUUCGCUGUUCCCGAACGAUCUCGCCAUCGCCAUUAGCCGGAGCAAGCACAGCUCAUCUGCCAGAAACAUUAAGAUCGCCAAAGAUACGAAAUCGGCGUCGGCGUCGCGCAGUAGAUAUGAUAAUCUUCGUCGGUGGGCGAAGAAAUCUCUGAUUCCGACCGCCAUCGACCACCACUCGUCGGGGCAUGACUCCGAUGAUAAGCGGUGCACUCUUUGAUCUAUAUUAUUUCGGAAAAUUGCUCUUUACCACUCAUCAUGUCAGCACAUUACAUCGUCUCUCUUCGUGAUGUUAGGAUAGAGAUGUUAUUAAGAAUAUAUUUGAUUAAUAAGGUGAAAAAAAAGCAUUUGGAAUUAUUUGUGGAGUUAUUUUGUCCGUCUGCAGAUUAUACGAAUGAUGUUUGUAAAUAACUAUUGAUGCUAUAUACGUAAAAGGAAAUCUUUUU